AUGGCCAUAAUCUGCUCGUAUCACAAUCUCGAACCAUUGGGGUCAGCCACCCAGAAGCGAUGCCCUAGGAAGUCCCCCAGUCUCCGCGGGUCGCUAACGGACAAGAAGCAAAUCCACGAGGCGCGGCGCGAGAAGAACAGAGAAGCACAGCAUGUCUUCCGCAAGCAACGGCAAGCUGCCGAAGCAGCACUGGGUCAGCACGCCAGGCGUCUCGAGGAAGUAGUGGAGGAAAUAAGCUCUACCUUGAUAUGCCUAUUCGACGAGAUUCUCGCGACCGAGGCGCUUAUAACCCGGCACCCUUCCAUCACCACCUUUCUUAAGCAGGCCCUGGCUCGAGUAUUGUCGUUGACCAAGGAGAUUGCUACAUUAGAUGGCGACUCUUUAUUACCAGCAGACGACUCGACGGCGGCAUCUGGGGAUUCUGCAGAACCUGUUCCCCAGCAUAUCAUCGAGAAUACAGUCACCACUUCUACCCAACAGAGACCCUCAUUGCCCGGUGCUCCUCUUUCGCUUGUCGAUCCGCCAUCAGCUAGUAGGCAGAGCAUGAUGUCCCGGCCAUAUACUCCGUCGCUCGGCAUCUAUCGCCCAGCAACGCCAAUCAGUGCAGGUUACACGCCCACAAAUCAGUUGUUGACGUCUUUGCCGCUCACUCCCCAAACGCCUUUAUCAACACCUGGGACCCUCUAA